AUGUCGGAUGGUUCAUUUGUCGACCAUUUUAGAUUCCAAGUAAAUGAUCCUAUUGAUAGCGAUGGUAGUCAAAACUCUACACCCAAAGAAUCAUCAUCAUCAUCAUCGAUUACCUCUCCAAAAUCUAGCUUUACCAAAGUUUCACCUACCUUUUCAACUACAAAAAAAUCUUCUUCUUCUUCUUCUUCUUCAGGCUAUAGUUACUUUGAAGUCAAAAAUAGAUCAAACAAUCUUGAUAAUAAUAAUAAUUUAAAAACAACAAAUAGUAGUAGUAGUAGUAGUUCAUUGGUUGGAAACAAGAGAAAACCAAAUGAUCAACCUGUUGGUUCUUUCAAUUCUACAUUUGAGUCAAAACCAAAAUCAGUUAGACAAACAUCACAAGUAAAUUUACAACAAUCCAAACUUUCUUCUUAUUCUUAUUCUUCAUCCAAACCAACUUCACCUGCAAAACAGCCAACAUCAACUAUUAGAUCAGUUUCAAGAUCAAUUAAUAAUACAAUUAAUAAUACAAUUACAAAUUAUUUCAAACCUUCAUCUUUGGCAUCAUCUUUUUCAACAACAUCAUCAUCAUCAAAAGGAAAAAGAUUAAGUGAAAAAGGAUUUAAAAAUUUAGGAAAUACUUGUUUUAUGAAUUCAGUAUUACAAUCAUUUUUUGGUUCAAAUGAAAUUGUAAAUGAUUUAAAAAACAAAGAAUUAAUGAAAUAUUUUAUUGAAAAGGAAAAUAGAUUAUAUCCAAUAUUAAUGGCAACACUUUUAAAAAAACAAGAACAAAAGGAUAAUAGUUAUUUUGGGUUAUCGUCUGGCAUUGAUACUAGAUCGUUUAAAGAGAGAAUUGAUGAUAUUACACCAAAAUUCACAGGUUAUCUUCAACAUGAUGCACAGGAAUUUUUAAUUACAUUAUUGGAUAUUUUGGAAGAAGAAUUAAAAAAAGAAUUUAUUGAUCAAUUUAAAGCAUUAAAACAAAUUGAAAAGAAAAAACAAUUAAAUAAUAAUACGAUUACAACGACAACUACAAAUGGUAAUCAUCAAUUGGAAGAAUUAGAUAUUGUAAAUGUUACAUCAACAAAUCAACAAGAAAAGGAAAUCAUUGGUAAAAUUAAAAAAGAGGAAAAGGAGGAGGAAGGCUCAUCAUCACAAGAGUUUACAGCAGAGGAAACUGAAAUGGUUACCAAAGAAAUAUCAAGUGUUUGUCCAAUUACAAAAAAUUUAAAAUCAACUAUUACAAACACUAUUAUUUGCAAGUCUUGUGGAGACAAAUCCGUUUCAAGAGAGAUAUUUACAGACAUUUCAUUAAACAUACCUCAUGAAAAAGGAGGUGCAACCAAUUAUACACAAGAGUUAUUAGAGUUGUACCUAAAAGAGGAAGUGAUUGAAAGAAAAUGUUCAAAAUGCUCAAAUCAAAAAUCAACCAUACAAAAACAUUUUUCGCAUCUACCAAAUAUAUUGGUAUUACAUUUAAAAAGGUUCAUUCAAUUACCAAAAUCAACAGAAUAUUUAAAAGAUAAAACUAUUGUCUUUCCUUCUCUUGAAUUGAAAAUUAAAUAUAUUCAAGAUCAAGAACAAGAUGAAAAGGAAGAAGAUAAAAAACAACAAGAGGAAAUAGAAGUAGAUAUAAAUGGUAUUGAAGAAGAAGAAAAAGAAAUUACUUCAACAACUACAACUCUAACAACAAAUACAAACAAUAAUAAUAAUAAUAAGAAAUCACAACCAAAAAAGAAUGAAUUUGAAUUAGCAAAAUAUUCGUUGUAUAGUACCAUUCAACAUAUUGGAUCUGGAAUUAGUUCAGGACAUUAUAUAUCAUUUCUUAAACAAAAUAAUGCAACUUGGAAAUGUUAUGAUGAUUCUGAAGUGAGUGAAGUUGCUGAAGAUGAUGUAUUUGAACAAUUAAUGUCUGGUGGAUAUCUAUAUUUUUAUCGUUUGGAAACUAAAAAAGAGGAUAAUAUAAACGGUUCAACAGUAGAAACCGAAUAA